GCCCUCCCCGCCGGGCGGGGAACCCGCUGCCGCGGCUGAGGCGCUGAUUUCUGCGGGGGGGCGUGCCUCGGAGUCACGGGGGUCAACAGCUCCGGCUGAAUCCACAGCUCUUGAAACAGAGAGAGGCUUCUUUGUGCGGUGCCGUCGGUUUUCCUUUAUUUGGCAUCAGCAAGGGAGCCUGCGAGGUUGCUUAACUUCUCUUUGCGGGGCACUGUGUGAAGGAAUAACCCUCCCGCACUGAGAGCAAACAGCAAACCACGGUGCUCUUGUUCAGUACUGUGCUCUCCCAGUAAAGAAAAGCAGUGUAUUAUGGGGGGGGGGAUAGUUUCUAUGCCCUCUAGAAGAUGACGUUCCCCACAAUUAAUUAUUACAAAAAAUACCACGUCAGGGAUGCCAUUUGUAUUAUGGUCUUGGUCUUAACUACAGCAGUAGCUUAUAUCUAGAAUCUUCUAAGGAUGCUCUUUCAUUUCUAUUCCAGUUACCAAGUCCACCUUUGUCUAGAGCACCCUGAGGAUGUUCUGUAGCCUGUGUGGCCAUGCACUAUUUCUGUGAAAGACCAAAGCCUAGGAGUGUUUACGUUCCCUUGCAGGAGCUGGCCUUGCCUUUUUUGCCUUUUUUUUUUUUUUUUUCUGAGUCAGAUCAGCCUACAUUUUUUUUUAAAACACGUGUUACAAUGAUUGUAUGUUUGAAAGGAUAUCGGGCUGUGUGUGCAAGCUUUUAAUAGUGUGUGUGUGUGUAUAUAUGUAUUUGGUAGACAAUGCUUACCAACUUGUUACUGUAACUCUUUGCAUUUCAGAAUCGGGUGUUACAAAGCUGCUGUGUCCUUUUGAUCCCUUCUGCAUGUGGCUUUUUUGAGAAAUUGUGCAUAAGAGUCAGUAACUGUGUGCCUGUCUCCCAAAGCUGUUGCUUUCUGUAGACAGACUGGACAGCAAGUAGAUCUUUAGUUUGGGAUGGCAUCUUCUCAGGCUGUCAGAGCUCAAGGAAGAUGUGGUGGGCCAUGUGAAAGAAGGAAGUUGAACUACGUCAUCAGCAAGUAGCUUCUGGUCUGCUAAUGACUGUGAGCAGGUGAAAGACCUAGAAAAGUUCACUAAGAGUUAUGCAAUAAGCACCAGAUAAAGGUCUCUAUAAAAGAGCUGUAAAGUAGGUUAAACUUGCCUGAAAGCAAAAUGAGUGUGCCAGCUUCUGUCCCCAUGUGGCUGAUGUGUCCUCGUCAGCGUGAACAAGCUUCUUAAACUCAUCUUUUUUUGUGUUUGAAAGAUAAAGGUGUUGAACUAAACCAAGACUAACCUGAACUAAAUCUAAAAUGGGAAUAUUUUCAUUCCACAGUUUAACCAAGUAGUUAAUUUGAGAUUACUUCCAAGUGUUUUUGGAUAGGUUUAGCCAAAAUCUUGACUGGAAAAUCGAAGGAAGUAGAGAUUCAGCCCUUCGUAUGUGGCAGUGCACUAGAAAAGGUAGCUGCAUAGUUGUUGGCAAUCCUUCUUUUUCAGUCUUCCGUUGUGGUAAAGCAGCAUAUGUUCACAGAGGUUGCAUAUCCAGUUUGAAGGGCUUUGUUGUGCAGUGUAAUGAUAGCAUGGUGCAGUGCAAACUACAGCUAAAUACUGCUGUCGCAGAGCAUCCCAAGGGAAGGUGGUAUAGUUAGUAAAGAGUGGCUGUGUCUUUUAUUAGAUUGAAUCAUACAGAGGAAGAGAGAAGUGGACAAGCUUUCAGGAAUACAAGCCUUUAUCCUUCAGCUGCUUUAAAAAAGAAACUCUGGAAACUUAUAUCAACAAAUUUGUGCUGUUCCUAAAAUCAGGAUGUUAAAGCUGUUCUCUAUCAAAAGCCUGGAUUACUUCGUUAGCUUCUAGAAAUUUAAUAGCUGCUACUCUUCCAUUAAGCUGUUUCUGGUUACAUGCUGUUAUGAACACACCUGUCAAACAGAAUGGUGUUUGGACCAAUGUACAUGUAGUUGCACAAUUAAUUGCUCUAAGUGCAACAAAACAGCCCCAAGGUGUAUUGUUAGGUCUGGAGAUAACACUGCAUCCCCUCUGAAGGGGGCAUUUAUAGUGCUUCCCUCGUCGUUAUAGGGAUGACCAUAUACCAACAAGGAAACAGCCUUUUGAAUGAGCUACCAGAAUACCAUCGCAAAGCUUAUUGUAAUUCUAAAAGAAAACCUGUACUGAUUGUACAUCUCUGCCUGUGAUGUACUAUACCAUGCUAGAACCUCUCCAGAAAAUAGUUAAAUAAUCCCCUUAUCCUUGAAAAAGUCCUGUGCUUUGAAAUGAAGCUUUCCGAGAAUCUUCCAUUUGCCCUUCAUCGCUUUCAGGUGGUGCCCCAUCAGAAACAACCUUCCUGGAAGUCUGUGAGUACCAAGCAGAAUCAGACUGUGUCUGAGUCUUGCAUGACAAAUGCCCUCUGCAGCAGAACGACCACGAUCUAUGGAUCCUACUCAUUCCCAUUCCAGAAUGUGAUGUACUUCCUCAAUAUACCAAAUGUAUUCAUGGAAGUUACUGGGAUGAACCCAAACAGUUACUAGGCAUUAGAGCGGCUCUUAGAAGCUGAAGGACAGAAAUGUCCAGUCAGCAGCUGGAGAAUAUUUUCACAAAGCAAUCCAAGUGGACUGAUAGUCUGCCUGCAAAACAUAAGCCCAGAGCUUAACUUUUUUAACUCGCGUGGACACUUAAAAACUGUGGUUUCAACAGAAACAUAAAUUUGGUACUUCAUUUUGUCAUUAUUCUUCCUGUCAGCCCUUUGCUUUCCCACAGCUGUUCUUUAAGUUCCAUAAUGAUUAAGGCCCAUCACUUCUAAGUGCUAAUUACAUUUUUCUCUAAAAAUAUCUAGCUUUUUAACAUAAUCAGGUUAUUUUAAUUCUUAUGAGAGUCGUGAAGGUCUACGUGCUUUUUAACAACUUAGGUCUACUGAUCUGAUUAAAAAAAAAAAUAUUGUCUUCUAUCUCCUUGCCUUCUGCGUCUGGAAUCCAUUUUCAGAGCAGACUAGAAGGAUUUUCUGGUGGAAAUUGAGAUAUGUAUUCCCCGACUCAACAGGGCUCUUUGUUUUCAAGCAAUAGAAAUAAAAAGGAUCUCUUUUGAGUUUCCUUUAAUUAUAAGCCUGAGGGUAGAGGGAAAGGAGGAGUGAUUUUUGUUUCUCAAUAUGAUGUUUGUGAUUUAGUUCUGCCUAGGGGAGUUGCUGUUUUGUUGCUAAAUUAUAAUUGCACCUUUCCUGUGGCUAUAGAGGAGUUUUGGCUAUGUUACACUUCUGAUUUGUGGUUGUCUUCCUUUUUCUGUGGGAGCUCUCCAAAAAGGUAAAUGGGAGUUACAUCUGUGACUUAAACAUGCUACUUUCUCUCCUUCACAGUCGUAAGGAUUUCCCUUUGGUAUGAACCAGAGCUGAAUGUCAAGUCAGUUCUUGCAGUCUGGCUUUUUCAUUUGAAAGAAAACGUGAUACACUUGAAAUGUAUUUGAAAUAUCAUUUUCUCGUUAGAUCGUUAGGUUAUGCGAGGUGGAGGAUGGCGGUUACCCUUAAAGCUAUUUAUUACACUGUGGUUGUGAAUCUGAUGAGGGAAGAUGGGAUUCAAGAAGGGACAUGAUAAAAGCUUUUAUAGAAGUGGGUAUAGUCUGGAUGAUGAAGGUAUAUGAGCAAAUUAAUGUUUAAAAAAGUUUACAAAUCCCUUGGUGUGUACAGUUCUGCUAUUACUUAUGAACAGCCCUUGAUCAAGCAUAGGCACUAAGUCAGCAUCCUGUAGUUUUCUUCUUCAUGGGAGUCUCGUUUUUCUAGCAGCACCAAGGUCAAGAAUACAUAGGUUUUUGACAAAUGAAAUUAUUUCAUUUUAUUCCUUAGGCUAUAACUUCCUUUCUCCAAGCAAGGGUAAGCAGAAUUAUCAGUGAUCCUGAGCAUUUUUCUUUUCAGGUAGAAAAGAAUAGUUAAGAUGUGAACAAAAACUUAGGAAAUGUACAGUCUACCACAGGGUGUUUUAGGAGUAAGUAUAGAAAGAAAGAAAGAAGUUCAUAAGAAACCGAGCAUCACUUCCAGAUAGUGUCACUUUUUCCCCCCAACGGAGCAGUAAUCUGAGGGACUUUAGAUCUUCAGAGUACAGCAGUUAGAAAUUCCAGCAAUUGCAAGUUGAGAGCAUAUUUGGAAAUUGAACCACUGUUUUAACUACACAGCUGAGUGAAGAUGUGGAGCGACUAUCUGAAAACCCAACAGAUGAGGGAGAAGGAGAGAUGGAAGUUCAUGAAGAUGCCAGCUCUGUUAUUUUACCAGAUAGUGAACUGGGUACCACUGCCCCUUCUUUGCGUUUCAGCAAGACCUGCCUAAAGAAUGUUUUUUCAGUAAUUCUCCUGUUUAUUUAUCUGCUGCUCAUGGCUGUAGCUGUGUUCCUUGUCUACCAAACCAUCAGUGACUUCAGGGAGAAGCUUAAGCACCCAGUGAUGUCUGUCUCUUAUAAGGAAGUGUCCUUCUACGAUGCACCUGGUAUUGCCUUUUACCCAGGCAAGGCUCGGCUGCUUAGCUGCAAGCAUCAUUACUAUGACCACAUCCCGCCUCUGAUAAAUCCAGGUCAGCCAGGAGACAUUGAAUGCACAACUCAGAGAAUCAACUACACAGAUCCUUUUACCAAUCAAACUAUGAAGUAUGCUUUGGUUGUUCAAGGCCCUCGUGAUGUGAAGAGAAAGGAACUGGUGUUUCUGCAGUUUCAUUUAAAUGGAACAGACCAAGAUUUUAGUGCCAUUGACUACCUUCUGUUUUCUUCUUUCCAAGACUUCAUCAACAGUCCAGAAAAAGCAGAGUUCAUGAAGGACUGUGAAAGUUCAUACUCCAGCUGGAAGUUUUCCGGAGGCUUUCGAACUUGGGUCAAGAUGUCCUUGGUGAAAACAAAAGAAGAAGAUGGUAGUGAGACUGUUGAAUUCAAACAAGAGACCAGCGUUGUUAACUAUAUUGACCAGAGAACUAAACAAAGAAGUGACCAGCUGUUUUUUGUGGUAUUCGAAUGGAAAGAUCCUUUUAUACAGACUGUUCAAGAUAUUAUCACAGCAAAUCCCUGGAACACAAUUGCUCUUCUUUGUGGUAUCUUUUUGGCUCUGUUUAAGGCAGCAGACUUUGCUAAGUUAAGCGUCAAAUGGAUGAUCAAAAUCCGAAAGAGACAUCUGAAGAGGAGUCGUCAAGUAAUGAACCACAUAAGCUGAGACUAAGGCUGCCUUUUAACUAUUCGUAGCAGAAGGGAUAGAAAAUAACUGGAAUAACCUUCGGUCAGCAAUACAGCAAUUAAAGAUGCAAGCCAGGUAUGUCUUCUUCCAGAGAAGCAAUGGCUGGUGAACUGGCCCUCAAAUUUGAGAAGGGAACUAACUCUAGGACAGGUCUAACAAACUCAUGCUUUUCUAUUCCAAAUUUAACAAACUUACCUCAGUAUAUGGGGGGACCAGGGAGGAGGGAGAGAAUUCACUAAUGUUCAGAAAGUCACCACUGUAGAGGCCGAGCUCUGUAAGACUGGACAGUGUUUGAAUGCUGCUCGGGCCAGGAGACCUUUUUAGCUUCCCUGGGAGCUAUGACCCGUGUCUGCUACUGUCACACAGCUACUUCCUUGACUGGGGUGAGUGGAAGGUAAAGCGCUCAAUAAAACAGCCUGGCCUCCACUCUCCAAAGUAUGUGUUAAAACAAAAUACACUGGAAUUGUUGUAUGUGUCAUUUUUGACUUAUAGUGACUUUUAAUAUUAAAAAAAUAAUUCAAAUAAGAUACUGUGUACAUUCUUUGAAGCUACCUGCUCUCACAUUCAGCUGGAGCUUCACAGGAGGUGGUCCAGGCAGGAGUGUUACUGCCAGAGGAUAAGGUAAAAAUCAAAAAUCUGUUCCUGAUCCUUCUACCUCGACAUAAACUCAAGCAACUCAGGCACGUGAGCUGACGUUAGAUUUCAAAGCCUGGCUCGAGCUGUUGCUCAUCCCUCUUUACCCCAGUCUUUGCUAAGGAAGUGAAAAAUCAUCUUUCAUCAGGCUGGCAUUUAAAUGUGAUUCUCCAUUCUAUAGAGAACGCAUGCUAAUGAACUGUGCUGGGGUGGCGGUGUCUUUUUCUUCCUUAUAAGUCCCUUAGCUCAGAUGCCCAGCUCAGACAGAGGGAGGCUGCAGGGCAGGAGCGCACCGCUGCCCGUUUGCUCUGAAGGCUUUGUUGCAAGGAAAGGGGCUUCUUCCGUCCCCUGCUAACAGAGUAGUGACAGAGUAGUAAGCCUAUGAAAAGUAACACCCUUUUUUUUUUUUUUUUUUGCCUUCUAAGGAAGCAUUUUGGAACAAAAUUUACUACUUUCAGCUGAUUUCCAGAGCAAAUCAAGGUACUGCAUUAACCAAACACAGCCUUAAACAAGAGCACAACAGUUCACUGUAGUAACAAAACCAAAAGAGCAACAGGGGCUGCAGGCACAGAGGCAGCACCUGGGUUCUCCUGUGCCCAGACAGGUGAGGGCAGGAAGAAGUUACAGCCUGCCAGGCACUUACAGUUCCUGCUCCUGUCCUGUCAUGCUUCAAACAGCCCAGACUCUGCCAUUCAAAUUGUGAAUCAACUUGAUCACACUUUUUUUGGGGGGGUGGGGUGGGAGUUUCGCUGCAAGAACAGGUUCAGUGCAGCAGGGCCAAUAUUGCAGCUGCCUGAGGUGAGGCAGGUUACCACAGUGCCUAGCAAGUGAAUGAGGUUGAAUAGAGGGGAGAAGCAAAGACAGAACGCUGCGCUGUUGAAGCAAACUCUCUGAGCUACUUCAUCCCCUGGGGAAUGGGACAGAAACCUGGGGGGAAGAGAGAGGGGGGAAGAAGAGCCCCACACUUAGACCAUCCAUAUCAAGACAAACAUAACAGCCUAUGCUGGCAGGAAAGCCUUCCCCUGACUUCCCUGGUCAUCUUACAGCCCUUUGCUUUCCCAAAUACACUGCUGAGGGCCUGUUCUGCAGGUAAGAGAGACAACUGAGCUUUCUUAAUGCCUUGCUGUCAAAGAAACACAGGCCAGCAGCUAUUUCUUGGAUUUUUACAAAAAUAUUUAGAAACACCAAUUUGAUCAGGUUGAUCACUGAUGCAUUCAGCUGCAUUUUUUGUUCUUUUUUUGUUAAUGAGGUCAGGGAAGGUAAAACAGAAGACAACUUAGCCACAGCUCCAGGGUAAGUAGGAGGUGUGGUUAAAUAAAGGAUACACCUUUCUGUAGUAUUUAAUGUCCUUUUUUUUUU